UGAGAGUGUGCAAAGACAUGACACAACUCAGGAUAUUUGACCGCUGGAUUAUGAAAAUGUCACGUUCUUGCUCUCUGGCUGUUGCCAUCCUGGUCUUUGCUGGAGGGUGGUGUCUGUGUGCAGCUAAUGUUGGGGAGUUCACUCCAUGCCUGCAGUUCUUCUACAGGUCCUGGCCUCCUAAAGGUCUGGAGGGGACCCCCAUCUGCCAGCGUUUCAACAACCAGUAUCGAUUUGCCACCUUGUACAGUCGCCCACGCCGCUCUCCGUGGUUCUCAGCCUAUUUAUACAGAGCACCAGUAGGAAAGAGACCUUCAGCAACUUGGAAGUUUGAGCCACAGUUAGCCUACCCAGGAGCUGAUGGCAACAUGAUCCCCUUCCCUCCAGGCCCUCCGGACCAGAACGUGGUGGAGAGCCAGGCAGUGAAGCUGGACUACAUCAAUUCCACCUACUCUCGUGGCCACUUAAACCCCAGCCUUCACCACCAGAGCCAUGAGGACCGCUCCGCCACCUUCACCCUCACUAAUGUGGUCCCUCAGAAGGCAGGCUCUAAUGACGGGCCCUGGGAGAUCCUGGAGCAAACUGUCAACCAUACCUUAUCAGCCUACUGUCUUGGAGAUGCUUACAUAGUGACUGGCAUCAUCCCUUACCGGACUGACGAGCACUGGCUGAAGAAUCAUCGUGUGGCCGUGCCGGAGUACAUGUGGUCAGCCUACUGCUGCCCAAAGUACAACAACAGUCUUCCAAAGGAACUGAAGAACACCUUCCCCACAUACGCUGCUAUCGGCCGCAACGACCCCAACAGCACCGAGGAGAUUGUGCCAGUUAACAAGACGGCUAAGACACAGUUCAGGGGAUAUGAUGUGAGGCAGAUGCCACUGCAAACACUUGAGAUGUAUCUCAAGGACAGGUUCAAUACUGUCGUCAGUGUUUUUUAUGAGCUGUGCUCUGGAUCAGACUGAUCCCUCACAUAUACAAUAAUUAGAUCGUUGAAGUGUUCGUGCUAAUUUCAUUUUAUUGACUAAUUAUAAGUGAAAAGUCUUUUCUCAACAGGUUCUCCUAGGAAAAUGACAAAAUACAUCAUUUGACAGGUUUAGGCAGAAAAACUACUUGUUCAUUAGGAUUGGGAAAGAUUGUGGUUAUGGUAAAAAGAAACCAACACUGCAGCUCUUAGAUCAAUGGAGAGCCAGACUUUUCCCAUCAUGCACUUUCCCAUCAUGCAAUUCUUGCAGUCAGUGAAGAGGGACUGCGGCGCCUAACUCCAAAAACUGCAUCUGCCUUGAGAUUUGCCUAAAUUUGCAUGACAUCAGAGCAACUCGAGAUCAGACAAAAAACGUACCAUCAUGCAUUGUGCAGUGAUCACCUGUGAAUUCUGCACAGGCCUGGCUCAUCUGAACCAACUAGCAGAAACUUGAUCUGAAGACUUAAGAUUCAUCUUUACAUACCACACACUAAUGAUUUUAUCUGCCGACUGUCAACAACAACUGACCCAGACUGGAACAGACCUGGUCCAACUUGGUCCCAUUAAGAUCAAAUCUUCAUGAUGGGAAAAGCAACACUUAACUCAUGGAAAAAAGCUAAAUAAAACUCAGUGAAAUGGUUAUGGUGAUGCUUCCACUGCAGAUUCGCAGCUGGGCAUGAACCAAUUAACAAUACUGACCACUAGAUGGUGUCCUUGUGCAAUAUAUGCAGCUGGUGGAUAUGAGUUUGAGCCAGCUUCUGGUGACUGUGCACUGCAACUGGAAGGAAUUUUUUCAAGUUUCAUCUCAGCAGAAUCCAUUCCUUAUUCAUAAAAACAUCAGACCUCACUAUAGUGUGAGUCAGUUAGUCUUUUAUCUUAUGAUUUCCUAAAUAAUGUAUUUGAAUCACAC